AUGAACAAGCAACAAACUUUGUCCUCUCACAAACAUUCUCGUCAUCAUUACAAAAUUUGUAUCAUUGGAGGAGGAGCAGCUGGAUUAACGGCUGCAAACACACUCGCUGAAAAUGAUCAACAUGAUUUUAUGGUUUUGGAAGCAAGUGAAAGAAUUGGAGGAAGAGUUUGCUCGAAUAGAGAACGAGGAAUUGAACUCGGAGGCGAAUUUGUUCAUGGAGAAGGAAGUAUUUUGUGGGACAAAAUUCAUUCAAAAACGUAUCACUUGAAUGACAACAAUGACGGAUAUUUAGGAGAUAUUCGAAAUUGGCAAAAUAUUCAUCAUGUGGCAGGUGCCUAUAGUUUUGCUCUCACCACUGAUGCUUCCAAGAGACAUUAUAUUGAACAACCACGUGUUGUAUUGGGUCAACCUAUUGAUUCGAAAAUUUAUUUUGCUGGAGAGGCAUACUGUCAACACUCACCAGCGACCAUUCACGGAGCAAUGGAGACUGGUCAGAAAGUGGCUUUGGAAAUUUUAAAGUCAUCUCAAACAGCACCAAGAAUGAGUAAGCUUUAA